AUGGGUAUUCUUGAAAAAAUUGCCGAUAUUGAAAAAGAGAUAGCAAGAACACAAAAAAAUAAGGCAACUGAAUACCAUUUGGGUUUAUUGAAAGCAAAAUUAGCAAAAUUUCGUCAAGCAUUACUAGAAGGUGAUGCUAAGAGUGGUUCUGGCAAGGGUGAAGGUUUUGAUGUUGUCAAAUCCGGUGAUGCACGAAUAGCUUUAAUUGGUUUUCCAUCAGUCGGAAAAAGUACAUUAUUAAGCACAGUCACACGUACGGAAUCAACCGCUGCUUCAUAUGAAUUUACAACAUUAACGUGUAUUCCGGGUGUAAUACAAUAUAAUGGGGCUGAGAUUCAAUUACUCGAUUUACCUGGUAUCAUUGAAGGCGCCGCUCAAGGCAAAGGUCGAGGACGUCAAGUUAUUGCUGUAGCUCGUACUGCUGACAUGGUUUUGAUGAUGUUAGAUGCAACCAAAGGUGAAAAGCAAAGAGAAAUUCUUGAAGAUGAACUUGAAAGUGUUGGUAUUCGAUUAAAUAGACGUAAACCAGAGAUAUAUUUUAAGCCAAAAAAAACUGGUGGUAUUAAUAUAACAAGUACAGUACCAAUGACAAAAUGUUCAGAAAAAAUGAUUCAAUUAAUACUUCAUGAAUAUAAAAUGUUUAAUGCACAAGUUCUUUUUCGUGAUGAUUAUACAAGUGAUGAAUUUAUUGAUGUUGUUGUUGGUCGACGUGUUUAUAUGCCAUGUCUUUAUGUUUAUAAUAAAAUUGAUCAAGUAUCAAUUGAAGAAGUUGAUCGACUUGCUCAUUUACCAAAUUCAGUUGUUAUUAGUUGUAAUAUGAAAUUAAAUAUUGAUUAUAUGCUUGAAAGUAUAUGGAAAUUAUUAAAUUUAAUACGUAUUUAUACAAAAAAACGUGGUGAAAAACCUGAUUUUGAAGGAGGAUUAAUUAUUCGAAAUGCAACAACUGUUGAACAUGUCUGUCGUAUUGUUCAUCGAACAUUGGUUGAUCAAUUUAAAUAUGCACUUGUUUGGGGUACUUCAGUGAAAUUCUCGCCACAACGCGUUGGUCUUUCACAUGUUUUACAAAAUGAAGAUAUGACUGAGGAUGAAAAUGAACCAUUAUUGGAUGAUGAUAAUCGUCAUCAUACGUACACUUCUCUUCAUUCUUAUAUAACAACAAACGAUUCUCAUCCACGCACCUCUUCAAGUACAACUUUUGCUACCGGUGAAAAACUAUUAUCUGGUCAUUAUGAAUCACUUGAUUAUGAAUGUGAUGAAAGUGAAAUCGCUCAUAUGGAAGAAAAACGCUUAGGUUAUCAACAUGCACGUCGUUUAAUUAUAUUAAAAUGGUUAAUUAUGUUAUUAAUUGGUAUAUGUACAGGAUUAAUAGCUGUAUUUGUUGAUUUUGCAGUAAAAAAUUUAACAAAAUUUAAAUUUAGUUAUGUACAAAAUAAACUAGAUACAUGUUUAUCUGAACAUUGUUUAUUUAAACCAUAUUUAACAUGGAUUAGUAUAAAUAUAAGUAUGGUUCUAGUUGCAGGUUUUCUUAUUCUUUGGGAGCCAGUUGCACGUGGUUCAGGUAUUCCGCAAGUAAAAUGUUAUCUUAAUGGUAUAGCAAUUCCACAUGUACUUCGUUUGAAAGCAUUGAUUGCUAAAGUCUUAGGUGUUAUAUUUGCUGUAUCUGGUGGAUUAGCUGUUGGAAAAGAAGGACCUAUGAUACAUUCCGGUGCAAUUAUUGCUGGUGGAAUUUCACAAGGAAAAAGUAGUUCCUUAAACAUUGAUUUCCAUAUUUUGAAACAUUUUCGUACUGAUAAACAUAAACGAGAUUUUGUAUCAGCUGGUGCUGCAGCUGGUGUUGCUGCAGCUUUUGGUGCACCUGUUGGUGGUGUUUUAUUUGCUUUAGAAGAAGGUGCAAGUUUUUUUAAUCAACAAUUGACAUGGUUUAUUUUUUUUGCAUCAAUGGCAUCAACAUUUACUUUAAACUUUGUUAUGAGUGCAAUUGAGGGUCAUUUUGGUGAUUUAUCAUCACCAGGUUUAAUCAAUUUUGGACUUUUUAAAGAUACUCCAUAUAUGUGGUUUGAAUUACCUUUAUUUAUUAUAAUAGGCUUUAUUGGUGGUAUAUUUGGUGCUUUAUUUAAUCAAUUAAAUUUACGUUUAACUAAAUUUCGACAUCAUUAUAUAAAUAAACCUUGGUUAUCAGUUAUUGAAUUGAUACUUGUUGCAGCAACAACUGUUGUUAUAGCUUUUCUAUUAAUUAUUGGAACAAUGAAUGAAUGUCGACCGAUAAAAACACAAUUAGAACUUAAUUCACCUACAAUACAAUUAUAUUGUCCUGAUGGACAAUAUAAUAUCAUGGCAACACUUGUUUUUAGUACACCUGAACAAGCUGUACGAAAUUUAUUUCAUAAUGAAAUAGGAACAUAUAAUCCAUGGAGUUUAUUAGUUUUUUGUAUUAUUUAUUUUUGUUUAACUUGUUGGACAUAUGGAGUCAUUGUUAGUUCAGGUCUUUUUAUUCCAACUCUUUUAAUUGGUGCUUCAUGGGGUCGAUUAGUAGGAAUUAUCAUGCAUACAAUAUUUCCAUCAAGUGUUAAAUAUUUUGAUUCAGGCAAAUAUGCUCUAUUUGGAGCUGCAUCACAACUUGGUGGUACCAUGCGUAUGACAAUAAGUCUUGCAGUCAUUUUAAUUGAAGCUACUGGUGAUAUUGUACUUGGUCUACCAAUUAUGAUUGUAUUAACAGUAGCUAAACUUACUGGUGAUUAUUUUAAUGAAGGAAUUUUUGAUAUACAUAUUGCUUUACAAAGUGUACCAUUUCUACCAUGGCAAUCUGAAGUAUUUACAUCACAACUUUCAGCUUUAAGUAUUAUGUCAACACCAGUGAUUCAACUAAAAACUAUUGAAAAAGUUGAAAAUGUUUAUCGUAUUUUACGUAAUGAAAGUCAUCAUGGUUUUUCAGUUGUUGAUCAUCAUACAGAUGAAACAAAUAAUCAUCGAUCUGGUACAUUUCAAGGCAUUAUUUUACGUCAUCAACUUAUAACAAUUUUAAGAAAACGAAAUUUUAUUUCAUUAAAUGAUUGUCUUCGGGAUUAUUUAACAAUGGAUGAUUUUCGUGAAAGCUAUCCACGUCAUCCAUCAAUUGAAAGUAUUCAUUUAACGGAUGAAGAACGAGAACUUUAUUGUGAUUUAAGACCGUACAUGAAUUUAGCUUAUACUGUUUCACACCGUUCAACACUUCCACGUAUAUUUUCGAUGUUUCGAGGUCUUGGUUUACGUCAUUUAGUUGUUGUUAAUGAUAAAAAUGAAGUUGUUGGAAUGAUAACGCGAAAAGAUUUAGCUCGAUUUCGUAUGAAACAUAAAAAAGGUCAUACAUCAAUCGAAGAACUUGCUAUAUCACAUUAA